UGUUAAAAUUACCAGUGUCCCUUGCCUGAGCUCCCCUGUUUACAUCCCAUUCUCCCCCGGCCAUGCUCACCAAUCCGGCAUUUUGAAAACCCUCAUCCCACUUUUCUCAUGAAUUUGCAUGGUUUCACCUGUGGAUUGCAUGGGGAAAAAGAAGAGGAAUUGUAUUUGCAUAGUGGGAUUUAUAACAUCAACAGGGUGAAACCGUCAAAAUAAGAUUAAACCAGCAAAAUCACAGAACCGAAGUACGAGCAAAACUUCAAGAUGACUCCAACAACUAAAGAUGCCCCAGUAAGACCAGUGCAUCCAGAAGCUCUCACGGCCGGGAGCCAUGGAUUUUUAAGAAUCCUAAAUCGUCCUGCACAAUGGCUGCUUAUCAUUUCACUUCUGAUCUCAUGGUCAAUAGCUGGUAUUGUCAUGUUUGACUUUGUGAGCGAUGAUCAGCUUGCAAGCAUCCAGGAAUUAGGAUCUGAUCCAAUGUUAGCAAUAGAAAAGGCUGUUGACGGCAUUGAAAAUGGAAUAAACAACAUGAACGAUAUGUUCACAGAUACUUAUGAGUAUGUCACUGAAAUGAGUUUUAAUCCAAUGGACGCAGUUAAUUUAGCAGCUGACUCAUCUGUGUCUUAUCUGUCAGAGGUAUUUAGUGACUAUGGAGAUUUUGGAGUCACUGAAAAAGUGGCAUUUGGUGGCACUGUAUUAGAUGAAGCUACAGAUUGGAUUCGAUUCCCAGUGAGCUACUUAUUCCAGAUGUUUGAAGACAUUCUGGACAUAGCUUUCGUUUAUCCUGCGGAAAUGGCCAGUGAAGCAGCCAUGUACAUUUUAAGUGGGGCAAAAGCUGUUUUGCAAUAUAUUUCAACCAUGUUUGAGGACAUUAAAGCUUGGACUUCUGAAAUGAGCACUGUUCCUACGAAGCUGGUUGGCAGGGUUGCAGAGGAGGCCAUAGAGCUGAAGAACUCUGUUUCUACCUACCUAUCCAACUUAUUUGUUGGUGAUAAAGUUUUACCAGGUGGUAUUCCUGACAUCAGCUUUGAUCCUAUGAAAGUACUCACAGACACAGUUGAGGAAUUUGCUGACAGGAGAGACAUGUUCUUAGCCUACCUCUCAAACAUGCUUAUGGAAGACAAAGAUGAUACACCACAAGUGAUAAGAAGAAAAGGAGAAUUUCUGCCCCCUAUGACAAAAGUUGCAGAAAUAAUGGGCAAAAAACACGAUGCUGCCUACAUCACUGUGAGAUCCGCAGUGAAGAGGACAGAAAGCACUACAGAUGAAAUAAAGGAGGUUAAGGAGACCAUAGUUGAGGAGGACACAAUCAAGAUGAAAGAAGAUACCAAAACUGAAAUAGUUGGGAACAUCUUGGAUGAUCAACAAGAAGGCAUUAAAAUAACUGAGGAUAGCUCUGAUGUCACUAUUCAAGAAGACGCUGAAGAUACCUCAGAUGUCAAGGAGGAGGAAGAAAAUAUUAAAACAGAUGAAAAUAUCGCAGAUGAAAAUAUCACUGAUACUAAAGAAACUACUGCAACAGAUGAAGAUAUAUCCGAUGGAGAUAUCUCUGAUGAUAAACAGGUGGGAGAAACUAUCGGAAAAGAUGAAGAUACUUCAGAUGAAGAUAUCUCUGAUAUUAAAGAGGUAGAAACUACUGAAACAGUUGGUGAUACAUCAGAUAAAGAUAUCUCUAAUGUUGAAGAUGAUGGAGAAAUAACUGAAACAAAUGAAGAUACAUCAGGUGAAGAUAUUUCUGAUGUUAAAGAAGGAGAAACUACUGAAAUAGAUGAAGAUACUUCAGAUGAAGAUAUAUCUGAUGUUAAAGACGAUGAAGAAAUAACUGAAACAGAUGAAGAUACCUCAGAUGAAGAUAUAUCUGAUGUUAAAGAUGAUGGUGAAAUUACAGAAACAGAUAAAGAUACAUCAGAUGAAGAUAUCUCUGAUGUUGUAGAUGAUGUAGAAAUAACUGAAACAGAUGAAGAUACCUUAGAUGAAGAUGUCUUUGCUGUUAAAGAGGAAAGAGAAAUAACUGAAACAGAUGAAGAUACCUCAGAUGAAGAUGUCUUUGCUGUUAAAGAGGAAGGAGAAAUUACCGAAACAGAUGAAGAUACCUCAGAUGAAGAUAUCUCUGAUGUUAAAGAUGAAGGAGAAAUAACUGAAAAAGAGGAAGACACCUCAGAUGAAGAUAUCUCUGAUGUUGUAGAUGAUGUAGAAAUAACUGAAACAGAGGAAGAUACCUCAGAUGAAGAUAUCUCUGAUGUUAAAGAUGAUGGUGAAAUUAUUGAAACAGAUGAAGAUACCUCAGAUGAAGAUGUGUUUGAUGUUAAAGAAGAAGGAGAAAUUACUGAAACAGAUGAAGAUACCUCAGAUGAAGAUAUCUCUGAUGUUGUAGAUGAUGUGAUAAAUGAAACAGAUGAAGAUACAUCAGAUGAAGAUAUCUCUGAUGUUAAAGAGGAGGAAGAGAUUACUGAAACAGAUGAAGAUACCUCAGAUGAAGAUGUCUUUGAUGUUAAAGAGGAAGGAGAAAUUACUGAAAAAGAUGAAGAUACCUCAGAUGAAGAUAUAUCUGAUGUUAAAAUGGAGGAAGAAAUUACUGGAAGAGUUGGGGAUACCUCAGGUGAAGAUGUUUUAGAUGUUAAAGAAGAAGGGGAAAUUACUGAAAUAGACAUAGAUACCUCAGAUAUAGAUAUUGCUGAUGUUACACAGGAGGAAAAAGGAACUGAAGACAGUUUUGAUGUCGAAGAUGAAGAAUCAGCAACUGAAACAAUAGAUCAUUUUUCUGAUAUUUCAGAAGAAGCAACAGAAAAGUUCCCAGAUGAAACAGAAGUUGACAAAAUUGUUUGUGUCACAGAACAAUCUGGAACAGUUAAUUAUACCUCUUAUGACACAGAUGAUGAAGAAGAACCUGAAACAGGAGAAGAUGGUGCUGAUGUCACAGAUGAUAAAGAAGCAAAUGAAGUAGCAGAACUGCUAGAAGGAGAAUAUGAGGCAAUUAAUGAUGCUAAUAAGGGCACAAAAGACAUACCGGAUGAGGUAGAGAAAGAUCAGGAAAAGGUUGUAAAGGAGGACAGUGAAAAUUCUGACCAUUCCAUUUUGGAAGCCAAAGAAGAACAGAAAAAUGAGGAGGAGCUUGUCUUGCUUACCAUCAAACAUAACAUCACAGGUGGAGAAGAUGAAAAUAACAAUAACAAUGACAGAAAGAAAACUACCAUAAGGAAAAGCAGAAGAUUGGUGAAGGCAGAUAAAAAGGAGAGCCAUUUCAUUGACACAGAAGACCGUACGCACAAGGAUCUUCAUGAAGAAUAUGACAAAGUUCUUGAACAUGUGAAAGAAGCCAAAGAGAAACGGAGUAAAGAGGAGAUAUACAAAAUGAUUCAAGACAUGAGAGAUAAGAAGGCCGAAGCUGAAGAGGAAGAAAUAAAGCAACAAAAAGAAAAGAAGAAAGAAGCUAAGCCCAAAGAAAAAGUGACUGAAAAACUUCAGAAGCCCAAAGAGGAAAAGAAACCUACAAAAGACAAAACUCUUAAAUCAACAGAUAAGGAAAAGCCUCAUAAAAAAGUCAAGGUGAAUAAAGUGGAUAAGGAACCCAUUCUCAAACAGAAGAAACUUAAAGAACUGAAAUCUGAAGGUGAGAGAAAGAUUAAACCAGCAAAGAAAGAAGCCAAACCUAGGAAAGAAAAACUAAAACCUGUGGAUAUUCCUAAAGAUGAUGUAACUAAGAAGGUGGUCAAAGCCAAAGAUGUUGAGAUUGCCAAAGAGAAAACCAAGACCGUUCCUGUAAAGAAAGAGGUUGCUAAAGAAGAAGUUAAAGAGACUGCUGUGGAUCAAGAGCCUAGAGUUUCCAAAGAAAAGGCCAAACCAACUCAUUCAAAGAAAGAUGCUAAAGUUAUCAAGGAGAAACCUAAAGCACAUCCCCCAAAGAAAGUUACUGAGGCUGCCAAGGAAAAGGCUAAGCCAGUUGUGAAGGAAGAACCUGAGGUUAUUAAAGAAAAGGUCGAGCCGGCACCUAUUAAGAAAGAAGCUAAAAUCAAAGAUAAAACACCACCAGCACCUGUGAAGAAAGAAAGUGAAGUUGCAGAAAAGAAAGUGAAACCAGCCCCUAUAAAGAAAGAGCGUGAGGUUUCCAAAGAGAAGGCCAUAACAGAACCCUCAAAGAAAGAGGACAAACCCCCCAAGGAAAAAGCUAAACCAGUCCGGGAGGAGAAAGAGUCUGGUGUUUCUAAAAAGAAAGAAAAAACAGCCAAAAAAGAGCCUGAGGUUGCAAAAGAAACGGUCAAACCAGCAAUUACAAAGAAAGAGAUGAAGGUUACCAAGAAACCAGUGAAACAUGUGACUCUUGAAAAAGAGCCUAAAGUGUCCAAGGAAAAGGCAAAACCUUCAUUUGUGAAGAAAGAGGCUAAAGAUAUUAAAGAGAAAACAAAACCAUCUCUUCCGGAGAAAGGGCCGGAAGUUACAAAAGAGAAAGAAAAACCAGCCAUUUCAAAGAAAGAACCUGUGAGCACCAAAGAAAAACCCAAGCCAACAAGAAAAGAUGCUGAAGUGAUCAAAGAAAAGGCUAAACCAGCUCCUGAAAAGAAAGAGGCUAAAGUCAUUAAAGACAAAGUUAAACCAGCUCCCGAAAGGAAAGAGGCCAUUAAAGAAAAAGCUAAACCUGCUCCUGAAAAAAAAGAGGCUAAAGUCAUCAAGGCCAAAGCUCCUGUUAAGAAAGAGCCAAAGGCUGCCAAAAAGGAAGACAAACCAGCACCUCCUAAAAAAGUUGAGGUUCCAAAGGAUAAGCCAAAACCUGCUCUUAAAGAAAAAGAAGAUGAAGCCAUAAAAGAGAAAGCUAAAACACCUGAGAAGAAAGACGCAGAAGUCAUUCAGGAAAAAGCUAGGCCAGCCCCUGAAAAGAAAGAGGCUGAAGUCAUCAAGGAGAAAGUUAAACCAUCUCCAGUAAAGAAAGAGCCUGAAAUUGCUAAGGAAAAGACACCAAAACCCACAAAGAAAGUUGAGGUUCCAAAAGAAAAGGCAAAACCAGUUCCUGAAAAGGAAGCACCUGAGAUAACAAAAGAAAAGCACAAACCAGCACCAAAGAAAGAUGUAGAAGCUGAAACCAUUAAAGAGAAAGUUAAACCAACACUUAAGAAAGAGGUGAAAGAGAAAGAUAAACCAGCCUCUGUUAAGAAAGAGACUGAUGUUAAGAAGAAAGCUACACCAGCUCCUGUGAAGAAAGUCAUCAAAGAAAAGGCCAAACCAAUCCCUGAAAAGGAAGAGGCUGAAGUCAUCAAAAAGAAAGUUAAGCCAGCCCCUGUCAAGAAAGAGGCUAAAGUUAUCAAGGACAAAGUUAAACCAGCUUCUGUAAAGAAAGUUGAGGCUCUAAAAGAAAAGACAAAACCAGACCCUAAAAAGAAAGAGGCAAAAGCCAUCAAGGUCGAAGUUAAGCCAACUCCUGUAAAGAAAGAGCCCGAAGUCAUCAAAGACAAAGAAAAACCAGCCGCACCUAAGAAAGAGGCUGAAAUAAUCAAGGAGAAAGUUAAACCAACUCCUGUUAAGAAAGCACCUGAAGUUUCUAAAGAAAAGGCACCUGAACCAAAACCAAAACCUACAAAGAAAGUCAAGGUUCCUGAAGAAAAAGUCAAACUGGUUCAAGAAGACAGAGAAUCAGAGAUAACCAAAGAAAAGCGCAAACCAGCUCAAAAGAAAGUGGUCAAAGAGACAGCUAAACCAGUUUCUAUGAAGAAGAAAGAGGCUAAAAUGAUCAAGGAGAAAGUUAAACCAGCUCCUGAAAAGAAAGAGGUUAAAGUUAUCAAGGAGAAAGUUAAACCAACACCUGUAACAAAAGAGUCUGCAGAUGUCAAAGAAAAGGCACCUAAACCAAAACCUAAAAGAGAGCCUCAAGUUGCCAAAGAAAAAGAAAAAUCGGCAGCUAAGAAGAAAGAGUCUAAAAUAAUCAAGGAGAAAGUUAAACCAGCUCCUGUAAAGAAAGAGCCUGAUGUUCCUAAAGAAAAGACGGCCGAACCGACACCAGAACCUGCAAAAAAAGUUGAGGUUCCAAAAGAAAAGGCAAAACCAGCCCCUAAGGAGAAAGAAGCUGAGGUAACCAAAGAAAAGACCAAGCCAGAAGCACCAAAGAAAGAGGCUGAAGCAAUCAAAGAAAAGGCUAAACCGGCUCCUAAGAUUAAAGAGGCUGAGGUCAUUAAGGAGAAAGUUAAACCAGCUUCUGUGAAGAAAGAGCCAGAAAUCAUUAAGGAGAAAGUUAAACCAGCUCCUGUGAAGAAAGAGCCAGAAGUCAUUAAGGAGAAAGUUAAACCCGCUCCUGCGAAGAAAGAGGCAGAAGCCCUUAAGGAAAAGGCUAAACCUGCCCCUAAAAGGAAAGAGGCUAAAGACAUUAAGGACAAAGUUAAAUCAGCUCCUGGAAAGAAAAAAGUUGAAGCUAUCAGGGAGAAAACUAAACCAGUCCCUGAAAAGAAAGAGACUAAAGUGAUCAAGGAGAAAGUCAAAGCAGCUCCUGUGAAGAAAGAGCCUGAAGUUACCAAAGAGAAAGAAAAAGCAGCACCUACGAAGAAAGAGGUUGUCAUCAAGAAGAAAGUUAAAGCAGCUCCUGUAAAGAAAGCAGCAGUUCUUAAAGAAAAGGCACCUGAACCAAAACCAGAACCUGUGAAGAAAGAGGCUGAAGUGAUCAAGGAGAAAGUAAAACCAGUCCCUGAGAAAAAAGAGACUGAAGUGAUCAAGGAGAAAGUUAAACCAGUCCCCAAGAAGAAAGAGGCUGAAGUGAUUAAGGAAAAAGUUAAACCAGGCCCAGAGAAGAAAGAGGCUAAAGCCAUCAAGGAAAAAGUGAAACCAGCCCCUAAAAUUAAAGAGGCUGAAGUGAUCAAGGAGAAAGUGAAACCAGCCCCUCAGAAGAAAGAGGCUGAAGUGAUCAAGGAGAAAGUGAAACCAGCCCCUCAGAAGAAAGAGGCUAAGGUGAUCAAGGAAAAAGUAAAACCAGCCCCUGAGAAGAAAGAGGCUGAAGUGAUCAAGGAGAAAGUGAAACCAGCCCCUGAGAAGAAAGAGGCUAAGGUGAUCAAGGAAGAAGUAAAACCAGCCCCUGAAAAGAAAGUUUUAGAGGCUAAAGUGAUCAAGGAGAAAGUUAAACCAGCACCCAAAAUUAAAGAGGCUAAAGUGACCAAGGAGGAAAUUAAACCAGCCCCUAAAAUUAAAGAGGCUGAAGUGAUCAAGGAGAAAGUAAAACCAGCCCCUCAGAAGAAAGAGGCUAAAGUGAUCAAGGAGAAAGUUAAACCAGCCCCUGAAAUUAAAGAGGCUAAAGUGAUCAAGGAAAAAGUUAAACCAGCCCCUAAAAUUAAAGAGGCUGAAGUGAUCAAGGAGAAAGAGGCUGAAGUCAUCAAGGAGAAAGUUAAACCAGCCCCUGAGAAAAAAGAGGCUAAGGUGAUCAAGGAAAAGGUUAAACCAGUCCCUGAGAAGAAAGAGGCUGAAGUGUUCAAGAAGAAAGUAAAACCAGCCCCUGAGAAGAAAGAGGCUGAAGUGAUCAAGGAGAAAGUAAAACCAGCCCCUGAAAUUAAAGAGGUUAAAGUGAUCAAGGAAAAGGUUAAAGCAGCCCCUGAGAAAGAAGAGGCUCAAGUUAUUAAGGACAAAGUUAAAGCAGCUCCUGUAAAGAAAGAUGAUGUUGCAUCUUUGGAUUUGGAGCUCUUGAACGCCAUCAACCAGAAACUGUCUCUUCUGGAUUUACUGAGGCAAGACAUUGGUGAAAUGAAAAGUGACCUGGAGUCUACUCAAAAUCAAAUUCAUCUUUUAAGAAUGGACAACAGAACAAUUAAUGAGGCCGUCCUUGGAAAAGUAAAACCUGCAGUUUUUAAGGAAAAAGCUAAACCAGCUAAAAAAGAACAAGAAGCGCUAAGGAACCUUACAAAGACUGCACAUCUUAAGAGAGAAGCCUUGAAAAACAUCACUAAACCUGGACUUGCAAAGAAAGAAAAAGAGGUCAAGAUCAGACCUGAGCCCAAACUGAAAGAAAUUCCUCAUGUAGAGGUUGAAGCAGAGAAACCUUUACAUCAAGACAAGCCAACUGAGAAAGAAGUUGUUGAGGACAAAGAAGUCAAAGGAGAAGAACCUGAUGUCACCAAAGAUAUUCCAGAAAUAGAGGAGGAGGACAUUCCCUACUUCCAGUGUUUCUUCGUGGAUGAGGAUGACACUCAGUAUCCAUUCUUUCCCUUUCCACCUCCACUCUCAACAAACUUCGGAGUCUGAAGAUGACACAGCAAAGCCAGUGGAAAACCCGUGACGAAUGAAAUAUCUGCUGCUCUGAUGUGACAUAGAGGUACACAGAUGGUCCUCAAAUACAUAACACAAGGAGGCCAAGAAAUGCUGAGCUGGAAAACUUAUUUUGUUGUCUUAUUUGGGGUUCAGAUUAUUUUGUUUUUGGAGGGAGGAGGUUGCAAACACUUGCACUAGGUUAUGUGAAAAUGUGUCAUAUUGUCUUAAGGCUGUCCAUCUGAUGAACUGGCCUUUUGUUGCCGUUCUUUUGAAUAAUAAAUAUCUAUUUAAGCUUUAUACAGUACAUGUAUAUGACCAAGAAGGACUGUAAGUACAGUUUACCUGAGACAGCACAAAGAGGAGUUUAUUAAACAUCUUCCUUUGUAAAAAAAAAAAAAAGUGUGUUGCGGAGUACUGCAUUCAAGAGACUAUACAAUCUUAUAUCAUCCAUGACUUUACCUUUAUUUUAAGGUAUAUUUACCUCAUUUUGAUGGGGUGCUAAAUAAAAGCAUUCCACUGUGAUUUUUGUCAGAAUGAGGAUUGAGAGUUGUUUACUGUUCAUUGAGACGGUACAACCGGAAUAGACUUAACCAAGAACAUAGUGAUCUGGUUAAAUAACAACAGAUUCAUUUCUAUUUUUUACUUUUACUGUUUACAGAACAGUUUACAGAGGUGAAAAACCUUUGCUGACAUUUUAAAGGGUUUAGGACAGCAAGCCCACUACUUUUUAAUAUUUUUCUUUGUUUAUUAAUAUUGUUUGUUAAGCAGGAUGCCAAACGAUGUUAUAAAUCUGUACACUUUACAGUGGAAGCACAAAUAGGUUUUAUUAGUGCUUUCCAUUAAAGACCACAUCGUGCUGUUAUGAACUGCACUACUGUGCUGCACUACUGUGCUAUUUUUACUACACAAAAAUAUGGCUUUUACUUGUGGCAUAAGAUUUAUAUUUACAAUGUCCGCAUACAAGGUGUUAAAGGUUAAUACCUGUAAAACGUGGAUGUGUUUUUACAAUAUUUUAUGGAUGAAAAUACCCGACAAUUUUGUGGAAGAUGAAAUGUUAUUAUUGAAUGUAAUGUGCUAGGAUAUUUCCCUAGUGAUUGUCAGCACUGCACAUUUUUGGGUGUUUCCCAUUUGCUAUCAUGCCGAAUUCAAUGCAUCAGCUCAUUAGUAGAGCUUUCCGGUACCUGAAUUUAAGGUGAGACGUCUACAAUAUGUGGUGAGACGUCUACAACCGCUUAAAGGACCCUCAGAGGCCACUUUCUUUUCUGCAGGAGUUCAGCAUGCGACUCCAUAGAUAAUAAAUGUUUGUCUGUAAAAAGAUGAUGUUGUAAUAUAGCAGUAUAAACUUGAUAGUUAUAACAAAUGCCUUUUGUUAAAUGGACCUUUGACGUUGUGAGCUUCUCAUUGUGUAUUCAUGAAAGCUUAGCAUGCUAAUGUAAAAUCUGUCCAACUCUACAAAUUAUUAAUAUCAUUAUUUAAAAACAUUGGCAUAGAAUUAAAUAUUCUUUUUAUAGCCUGUUAUUAUAAAUAUUACAUGCAUGAAGUGUGAGCUGUUGUUUAAGCAAUGAAUUAAAACCAUAUUGAGAUUAAAAACCUAAAAAUGUUACAAUUUUAGGAAUGAGCUGAAUUGAUCCAAAAAUGUGUUGUAUAAUUUCUUUAAUUUUUUCCUUUGCAUGCUGUUGCACUCAAAUUUUAUACAUGCAAAGAAAAUGUAACAGGCCAAGCUGUAUUUUUUAUUUUAAUGUCUAUAAAAACCUUAAAUUGAGAUUUUUAAAACAUCAAAACUGUCAAAAAUUACCUUCUGGUAAAUUAACACAAAGCAAAGUCUAUCUGUUAUUCAAGGGUUAAGAAAAGUAAUAAAUGUUUGCAGUUAUCAAAGCA